UAAAAAAAAUUUAAAAGAAAAUGAAAUACUAGUAGGCAGUAGGUAAUUUAUAACCUUUCCUCCCAUAUUUCAGUUUCUCUUUACCUGUGCAUGUGAUGUGCAAAGACAACCUUGGCUUUGGUUCUUUUGAUCUUCUCUGUCUUUAUUCAGAUCGAAUCAGAUUGAGCCUAAAGUUCCUCUUUUUUGAGGCCAUCACCAAGAGCAUGUAACUUUAAGAUGGUUAUACUAUGUGUUGAGGCUGUAUUACGUAUUUUAUGAUGGAUGGUCCGUAGAGAGGAUUAGCAGAGGUUAUACUUGAACCACAGUAAUAUACUGUGAUUCUAUAAAAUGGAGGAUGACAAUGGGCUUGAGCUUAGCUUGGGGCUAUCUUGUGGUACAUCAUCUGCCACAUCCAAAAGCAAAAUUGGUAGUUCUUCAGAUAAUAGGACAGAAGAAGGCAAUAGAGGCAUCAAAAUAGGGGAUGACUUUAAAAACUUUCUUCAAGCUGGAACCCAGAAACAGGACCCCAAUGUGGGUUCUCAGAGAAUUGAUCCAGUGAAACCUUCAGAAAACUUCUUUACCGAUCUUUCCAAGGCUGCUGGUGAUGCAGAAGCUUCUGUGAACUUGAAUGGCAGAGGUUUCUUGGGUACAAAAAAUAACAGGUCUGCUGAAAUAGAUGAAGAGAAGUGGUCUGAAGCAGUUAGUAAACGUAAGAUGUUGUUUGAUGAGAUAAACAAUCCAAAGAAGCUUGAAAGAGAAGCUCAUUAUACUGAUUUACAUGAAAAUUCCAAAACAUCACAUAUCUCCCCAACAACGGAAGAUGGCUCCACUGCAGAGAAUGAGGACGUGGCAGAGUCUGAAGUUGAGGGCUCAACCUUGAGGAUGGUUUCACACCAUGAUGAUGGGUCCAAGAGAUUUAUUGGAGUUAGUGGUUCUUCUGAGGUGCCUAAGGAGGUUAAGCUUGGAAUUUUGAAUUAUGGCAACCCAUUCCCGGUUCAAUCAGCUAAUGCCAUGAAUGUACCUUUCUUAUUACCCAUGAAGGAUUCUAACUCUGUUGGAACCCCCAGUUCAUCAGGUCAUACACUACCUGGCAUGAUAAAGGUUAUGCCUACUGGAAAUAAUGAGCAGUCUGGGACUCAGACUGCGAAUCCUGGAAACUUGCCUUUUAUGUUUGGUUACUCACCUGUCCAACUUCCUCUGUUGGAUAAGGAUAAUUCCUGGGGGAUGGUCUCUCACCCUCCACAGUUCCACCCUUCCUAUGCUAGCAGAGCUCCACCUAAUCCAGAUAAGCACAGUGAUGGAUUGAAAAUAUCACAAGCUUCCAUGCAUACAAUUGUGUGCAAUUCCUCUGAGGCUGCACAAUAUGAAGGCAGGACAUUCGAACGAGUCAAAGGCGAGGGUAAACAGCAUGCUACAGAGGAAGGCUCCUCUACUCAGUCAGAGGAAGAUGUAAAAGGAAGCAGCAUGAAUCUCAGAGCAAAUGCUGCAUCUGAUCAACCAACAGAAGGCUUAUCUCUUGAUAUUUCAGCCAUAAAGCCUGGUAUUGCUGCAGACCUGAAAUUUGGGGGAUCUGGUUCUUAUCCAAAUUUACCAUGGGUUUCAACCACAGGUACUGACCCACAGGGUAGAACAAUUUCUGGUGUUACUUACAGAUUCAGUGCAAAUCAGAUCAAGAUUGUUUGUGCUUGUCAUGGUACCCAUAUGUCCCCUGAAGAGUUUGUUAGGCAUGCCAGUGAAGAGUGCGCUAAUCCAGAGAAUAACAAUGGUUUGUCAACAUUUCCAAGUACCAAUCCUGCUGCCUCUGCUCAGAGCUGAGGCUUAAAAUUGUUCUUCCGUGCCAUGAAAUACAUUGACAUGCAAUCAAGUAUGACUGCUAUGGCCUUGAAUACACUAGUGAGAGUCCUUGCUUUUCUCACUGAGUUUAGUUAUUUGUUUCCUUGCCGGUUGUAUUAGCUGCAGUAGUUAAAUAGUGCAAUUGUAUGUAAUAAUUUCUAGCACCAUUUCUUUGUCAAAUAGUUAUGUUAAGCAUUUUACUUUUGUAGUAGCAGUUCUUCGAGAAAAUCAUUUUCUUUUUUGUUGUAGUUAUUUGUCAGCAGUGUAAGCUUCAGAUUCUGACAUGCUCUUAUAGCAGAUAAGGAGAUUUCUCA